AUGGAAGACAAAGAAGCAUUAAAAAAUGACUCAUUGGACAUCUGCUCAAGCAACUUUAACUGUGAAGCGUACAUGGGAGACUUGUUGCGCAAAAAAAGUUUAAAUGAAUUGGUUGAGGUUGAAGAAGACAUGGUGCAUAACGUUAGACGACUUGAUUCCGAAAUGCAGCAACUUGUUUAUGAGAAUUAUAACAAGUUCCUGACAGCAACAAGUACGAUGAAAAAAAUGCAGGAUGAUUUCUUGCAGAUGAGUAACAAAAUGGAAAAUUUAUCUUUGCGAAUAGAUAAAAUAGCUAGACUGUCUGGAGAUCUUUCCGCGGUAUUCUCUAAGCAUCGCUCAAAUGUCUCUCAUUUGAGUAGUGCUAACCAAAAAGUGAAAAGCUUGUUGAUCUUGUUAAGUUUAACUCAGAAAUUACAAGCCUUAUUUGAAGAAAAGAAUUAUGAACAAGUAGUUACACUGUAUCAGGAAGUACAGCCAACUCUGACACGCUAUAAAAAUAUACCCUCGAUUUGUGAUAUAUAUAAUGAAACAAUGGUUAUCAUGAAAGCAGUCGAGAAUGAGCUGAAAGAAAUCGUUUCUGGUCACAAUAUUUCAUCGGAAAAAUUGUCGGAAGCAAUCAUUUUUCUACUAAAGUUGAAUGUUCCUUCUUCCGACAUUCAUGCUUACUUUUUAUCGAAUUGUCGGAAUAAUUUAUAUGAUCAGCUAUCGAAGAUGCAAAUGGAAGAAAAAGUUGAUUCGGAUGUUCUUGAAUUUGUUGAUGAUUGUUGCAGCACAUUUUUAACUGAUUUGUCAUUGUACACAGCAUUAAGCCAACGUUUUUUCUCAUAUCAGGAAGCUAUCCAUGAUAUAAUAGAACUAGUCGAUUCGCUGAUGAAUAAGUUUGAGGAAGUUGUAAGAAAACGGUUUCUGAAAGAAACAGAUACAGCAGAAUGUGCUAUUGUUGUACGGGCUCUUGAUCGUUUUUAUCGUCGUAUGUCAUCAUGUAAUCAGUUGAUAUCUGGCAUGGAUUAUUUACCAAUGUGCGUUUCAAUGCUCAGUGUUGUCUCAAGGCAUGAAAUAGAACUUGCACGAACUCUUGUAAUAGAACGAUUUAGUUCAUCUCUGAAACAAGUUCAGGAUGAAUUAACUACAUUCAAGGAUUCUUUGAUGAAUGCAUCAUCAAUAACUGUACUUAUUUCACGAUUAGAGCAUUCUCUUCUUGUUCAAAUCAAAACUGCCCUUGCAACUCUUCUUCUCUUUACUGCUUCAGAUGUUACAUUUUCUUCACUUGAUCAGGCACAGUUUUCAUUUGGUUUCGGAAUCAAUGUUCAUGAAUUAUUAGUUGUUAGAUCUUUGGAAGAAGUAUCGCAAUUAGGCUUGAAGUUUUGUGAUUCUGUGAAUCAUUCUGCAUCAUCACCUCUUAUAUAUGUUGUAUUAGCACAGUUUUUCAUUAAUGUCGAAAAUCAGUCAGUGGCUUACAUUAUGGAUUUAUGCAAGGAACAGUUCAGGUUAGUAGGUGAGCAAGAAAAACAAGAAACCUCGCAAUUUUGUUCAGUUGAAAAAUUAAGAGUUCGUUUACGCACUACUGCCUACGAACUUUUGAAGCAUUUUGUGUAUCUACAAGGAAUUACUAUAUCUCAGGUUUUGGUUCAAAGCAUUGAAUGUUGCGACUGGUUAAAUUGUGCGCAACCGACAUCAGUUCGGUCCAGUAUAAAGCAAUUCGUUGAUGAUGUUGCUGCAAUUGAUUCUGUCAUUAAGCCUUUUAUGGGUGAAGGUAUGCGUAAAGAACGGUUCUUAGAUACCGGUUCUUCGCGUUCGCAUUCAAGACGAACCUUUGAUACUGGUUCAGUGAGCUCUACAUUAGAAAAGUUAUGGUCGGAAAGGAUUGAUUUUUGCACAAAUGUGGAAUUUAAUCGAAUCUCCAUCUUGACAGCUAUUGAAAAUAUUGUUCUAAAAUCUUUUCUUGAAACUGUUCGACUGCAAACAUUUUCAAAAUUUGGAUUGCAACAAAUUCAGGUGGACUGUUAUUUUUUACAGUUAAAUUUGUGGCGUUCGCUAUCAGAUGAACAAGCUGCGUUUUCACUGAUCGAUGAAAUUGUUUCAUCAGCAGUUUGUCGUUCAGUGGAUGCAAAAUUGUUGGAAUCGAGCAGUUUGGAAGCAUUGUCUACUGGAUAA